CCCACAGGCUGGCAAGGCGCUUCGGCAAGUCUCCAUGGCCGCCGCCGCCGGCCUCCAUUUCCGCCACAGCCGAAAGCAUCCGGCCUCUAAUUACGGCCGCGCGUGCUCUCCUAAUGCCUUCCGACCGGAAACCAGUUCCUGCAAGAAGAGGCCGGGUAGCUUUGGCAGGGCUCCCAAACAGCUCCUCCUCCUCCUCCCUUCGCCCGCCGCCUUAAGCUUCUCAGGGCUCAGCGGAACCAAAAUGCGAGGAGCUGCGCCGGGAGGGGACGCCGAAGCGGGAGCGGAGCCGGAGGAGACAUGAGCAGCACUAAGGACGUGACCUGCAGGUCAGAGCCGCCGAGCACUGCGACCUCUCCCCUCCCCCACCCACCGCCCUACGGCGCGCGGGCACGCCCCGCCCCUCGCCGGGGAGGGGUCGAGAGGCGGCCGGGCUCCCUCCCUCCUCCCGCCCGUUAAACUCCCGAGAGCCCCCUCCCCCACCCAACGGAAGGGGAAGGAGAGGCGGGCGCCGCUGCUUCUGCUUCCUACCUUUGUUCCAUUUCCCUGGUGACAGGCGGACACACCCCGCUCCCGCCUCCGUUGGUCCCAAAGCCCUGUAAGGGGACCCUCGUGGGCCUAGAAGCCACUAGGUGUAUAGGAGGCCCUUUGGGCUCUGGCCUUCUUGGGGGGAGAGGACGAGGCAACCUCUGUGAUCCUGGCCCCCCGUCCCUACCUAGCUCGCCUCCGCACGCGCCUGUGUGUCUCUACUUAUUUAGCUUGCUUUUGAGCAGCUGAAGUGCGCCCCAGUAGGGAAGAGAAACAGAAACUUAGUUGUGCGAGAGGAGGAACCCAAGAGCAGCCCUGUUGGAUCAGAACUGUGGCCCUUUCUGGUCCAGCAUCUCGUUCUCAACAGUGCGCAAGCAGACACGGAGCCAUAAUAGGAGCACAACAGCGCUCUCCUCACCUGUGAAUUCCGGCCAUUGAUAUUCAGAGGCAUAUGCUGCCUGGGAUGCUGACCUUCAAGACCCUGAUUGCUGGUCCUCACCGUGUUAUGUGGCAGGACAUUUCAUAGUUUAGUAAUGCUCUGAAAAGAAGCAUUUCCAGAUUUUGUAUGUCCUGAAUCUCCUAUGAUUCAGCUUCAUGGGAUGUGCCAGUUUCUAGUAUUACCCAAACAGAGAGAGAGAAUUGUUGGUGAUUUUUUAAAAAAGUAAACCUUUUAAAAGAACAUAUUCUGUCAAGUGCAUUUUCUGCUAUUUAUUUAGUCAGUUGCUUUAUAUCGCUCAGGGCAAUCCAAAGAUACAUUAAAACCAAGAGGAAAAAGAAAUGCUUUAAAAACAUCCCACCCGACUUCUAAAAGAACACAGAUAAUUAAAGGUCAAAGGCCUUGUUACAGAAGAAAGUUUUUGCUUGGUGCUAAAGCUAUAUAAUGAUAGUGGAGAGAGCACUCCACAAAUGAUGCCUGUUCUCCUGUUGCGAUUUUCCAGACCUCUUGUGAAGGAGGCACACAAAGAAGGGUCUUAGCGGGGUCUGGGUUGGUUCAUAUGGGGAGAGGCAGUCCUUAAAGUAUUGUAGUCCUGAGUCAUUUAAGGCUUUAUAGGUCAAAAGCAGCACUUUGAAUUGGGCCUGGAAACUAAUUGGCAGCCAGUAUAGUUAUGCCAGGAUUGGUGUUGUAUGCUCUUGUCCUGUGUUUCCCAAACAUUUUCUAACCAUGGCCACCUUCCCGAACUUCUUUCCUUCCUGUGGCCGGCAUGGGUGUAGCCAAGGGGGAGGCAGGGAAGCAGCUGCUCCCCAAAUCAGUAAAAAUCAAUACACAUCUGAGGUUCUGCCUCCUUGCCUUUUUUCUAACAAAAAAAGCCCUAAAUUAGGCAUAGGCAACCUCGGCCCUCCAGAUGUUUUUGGGACUACAAUUCCCAUCAUACCUGACCACUGGUCCUGUUAGCUAGGGAUCAUGGGAAUUGUAGUCCCAAAACAUCUGGAGGACCGAGGUUGCCUACGCCUGCCCUAAAUAUUUUUCCUUAUAGAAGAGUUGCUCCAACCUCUUGAUCACUUAUGCUUUUACUAAGUUCAUUUCAUUUUUGAAAUUGUGCCCUAAUUUCUGUCUCACUUUUCCUGGUUUCACAUUAUGGUGCAUGUUAUAGUUGAUGCAUAAUGCUUGAUGGUUGAUUUUUGGUCAUGUCUGAACAACAUCAAGAAAUAGUUUAAAUGCCUGUCAUCUGUUGGUAUUUUCUCUUUGUCACUGCAGGUAUUUUAUGCAAGGGGUAUGCCGUGAAGGAAGUAGGUGCCUGUUUUCACAUGAUUUGUCUACAAGUAAACCAUCUACUAUCUGCAAAUUCUACCAGAAAGGCCAAUGCGCCUAUGGAACUCGCUGCAGGUAUGGGCUGCUUGUUUUAAAAAUAAAACAUACAGGUUUUUUGCAGGGGGGUGGAGUGUCAUGCCAAUGAUAUUUUCUAAGCUGUUGAUCCUCUAGACUUGAAGAACAGCUUGUGGCUUGGCUUCUAUUUGGUUUGUAAUAUCUAGAUUUUUAUUAAAAUCAGAAGAAGAGCUUAAUGUUCCAAUAUCCUGGUUGCAGCUGGACAGUUAGUUCUUGCAUUGUGUGAAGCUCAGCUGGUUGAUCUAAAGUUACAAUCCCAUAUACACUUUCUUGGGUGUAUAUACCAUUGAACUCAGUGCAUAGAACUGGGAUGUUUAUGCUGCAAUCCUAAAUAGAAGUAAGUUUCUUUUGAAAUUGGCAGAGCUCUAAGUAAACAUACAUAGGAUUAGGAUCCUAUGUACUCUUAAGAGUACUUUCUGGGCUUAACUAGAUGAGGGAUGUAGUCUCUCCUAAGGGGAUUUUAGUUAUGUUAUAGAAAGAUUAAAAAGUCAAUUUAGACUGCAGUCCUUAUCCCACUAAGGCCCAUUGAAUUCAAUAAGACUUACUUCUGAGUAGAAUUCUGCUGGAAGACUGCAACCCUGUCCCUCACUUAAUUGAAAUCAGUGGGACUUAUUCUUGCAUAGGAAGGUACUGUGAAUACGUUAAAAGUGCAGUAACUCAUACUCAUUGUAUGUUUAGUGUAGAUUUUGCUGAAUUCGUCCAAGCAGUGAGUGACACUCAUUCUUAAGAACCCACUUGCUUUUAAACAGCCUGCCUAUUGAAACAAGUCCCUUUUUGCAAGGGUGGCUAUCCCCCCAAACCUGAGAAUUACACAGUAGGGUAAUUGUACUAGCACAAAUGCAUUGAAAUAAAUGUCUUCCGCAGUUAAUAUUUGUGGUUUUUUUAUUUGUUCUUAAGAUAUGAUCAUGUUAGACCUUCUGCAUCAGGUGCCAUAGUGAGUACUAGGACACUUUGCGCUUCUGCACCACCAUUCUACAGCCUUAACACUCAGCCGGAGCAAAAUACACCUAUAACAAAAAGUAAAGUACAUGAGCCUGGAAAACGUGAAAAGAAAACAUUAGUGCUCAGAGACAGAGGUAAGAGUGGGGGUUUUUUCCAUUUUUCUAAUGCUGUUGACACUUGGUUGUUUUGCUUAUUUGCUGCUUUUUAUUUGGUCCUAAAUGAUUCCAAGCAUUUGUCCUUACAUAAACAGACUCACACACUGCAGCCGACACACUAACAUGUCACAAUGUAUAGUUUGGAAAGCUCUGGCCUACAGUGACCAAGAAACAGGCCCCAACUUUGGCAGAUAGGAGCAGACUUGAUUCUUAAUGGCUGAGGUUUAAAAAGUUGGUUUCGUGUGCACACACCCACACACCAUUACGUUCCUGAGUGCACCCUUUUGCAUCCUCCAAUGUCAGUGCAUGGCUGCCAUUCACUCAUAUGGAGAAAGAUACAGUGCUGCACUUGGGGAGACUGUUGCUGUGAAGGGAGGGCAAGAGCUACUCAGUCUUCACCUCUAGGAUCCUGGAAACUUACAAGCUCUCCCUUCAUGCACACUGUGCCUGCUGCCAUGACUGGCAUUUUGUAAAUUUGCAAUUAUUUUUCACCCAUUCUUUAAUUUUGGAUGCAUGUUUUUCUGAUGCUUGUUCCAGAAAGAAUUGGGUGUGAGUAAUUAAAGUGCAUGACUGGAGAUGAUAAAGCUUUCUACGAUCUGAAGAUGAAAGUAGGUUCCCUGUGUUUAGUGGAGGCAAGUUGAAUUAAAUUGCAAUUUAGAAAUGCCUGCCAGCUGCUUUAUUACCUUAUGAUGGGAUAUUUCAUGAGCAGCUAACCGUAGCUCUUUUGUUUCACAUGAUCACAUGCUAUUUUCUCCUCUCCCAAGAUUUAUGUGGCUCAAAUGAGGAAAGGAUGAGAUGCAGCGCUCAGAGUGAUUCAGCAUGUUGCAGUGUUCCAACAGAUGCUCUAGAAGCAAAGCCCCAUUCAUAUUUGGAAGCUAUCCGCAGUGGGCUUGAAGAUGAUGAUGCUGAACCUGGAAGUUCAUACGCAGAUGGCGAACAGUUAUGUCCCUAUGCAGCAGCUGGCAUGUGCCAGUUUGGUGACAGAUGUCUCUACCUCCAUGGGCAAGUGUGUGAAAUCUGUGGCUUGCAAGUACUUCAUCCCUUUGACCCAGAACAGAGAAAGAUGCAUGAAAAGGUAAACAUGACUAAAAAGAAAACUAAUUUCAACCUGAAACUAUAUUUCUUGAAACGUCUUGUAGAUCUAUGUUAUUUUUGGUUUUUAGUGUCCUACAGAUCUAGCUAGAAUCUAUGGUUUCCUGCCAUGAGAGUGAGCUGUAGUGAGCCUAGGUCUCAAGUUCCCUCUUCUGCUCUUUCGUGCCUUCAUCAAGUAGACUGGGAUCUUUGGCUUCUGGUUUUAAACUAACCACCGCUCCGUAUGUCAUCUGAACUUGGUGGACUGUGGUUUUGUUUAUGCUGCAGCUGACUUUUCCCCCCAGAUCCUGGCUUGGUCUCGCUAGGCAUAGUUUGAACAAGCCACAGAUCCCCAAGUUCAGACAUUGUGGGGGACUGUGGUUAGUUGGAAAGCUUCCUCUUUAAAUUUACUCCAUGUAGAUUAAUAAUGUGAUUCACUAUUGUAGUAGGAAACCAUGAUAAUGCUAUUGUGUCAGUGUAGUCUUACAUUUUUGCUAGCAUAUUUUCCUCUAGUUUAUUGGUAAGCUUCAUUUUAAGGUAUCUACAAGUAUGUUUUUGUCACCUUCCAUGAGUAAUCAAGUGGCUUAAAAAAUACUAAUAACUUGAGUCAAUUACUGGAGAAAGUAGUAUGUAAAAUUGCAUUGGAAAAUAAUACUUAAAAUACAGUAUAAUCAGUGUGUGAAGCCAUGAAAUAUAAUUUUCACAGCUAUAUUAAAAUAUGUCUAUUGUAGCAUUAUCAGAAUCUAAAACCAAAGUAGGUGUUGAAUGGACCAGUCUCAUGAAACUAGCCUUAGAAUUCAACCUGCUGCUAAAUUCUUAAGUGUAACUGAUUAGAAGUAAUGAAAUUCCAUUGAGCUUCUUAUAGGUGUGCUAAUGUUGUACUGUUAUUUUUAGAUUUGAUUGAUGCUUUUAAAUGGAUUGUCUUGUAUUUCAUUUGAAUAAUAUAGUUGGUUUCAGUAAUCAAAUAUUUAACGCAGAAUAUAUCUAUAAAUGUUCUUGCAUACUGUAUUCUAUACAUUGCAUUUCUGGGAAUGUUUCCUAUACUGCUUCCAUUCUUCUUAAAAAUGAUUGAUAGUACAAAACCAUAGCCUUCACACUCUGCCCUUACUUACCAGGUUGUAUCCAACAUAAUGCUAAGUGGAUAUUCCAUCAGCCCAAUAAUUUCUGCUUUUUCAGUGGAAUGUUCUUCUCUCUCUCCCUCCCCACAUUCCCUUAAACAUUUCUAGGAGUUCCCCCAACCCUGUGGAACAGAUUUGGGGAGAAUGUGGUGCAUGCAUGGAGGGAGGAAAUGCCCUGUAGCACAAGCACUAAUUCUUGCACUGAUGGGAUGCAGUAGUUGAAUACUACGGUAGUUCCAUUCUUCUUUUCCUGACCCUUCCUGCCUGAUGGCUCUCCUGCAAUAUGCUGUGCUAAGGCAACAGACAAUCUUUAUGUUAGCCCAGUGCUCAAAUGGGGCGGAAUCCUAUGUCACUUCUUUCCAGGCAGAGAUCAUUGGGCCUGGCCCAACAUACCCCACUUCCUCUUUUGUCCCAUGUUAAAACCAAAGCUACUUCCUCUCCCACCCCUCACCCUCUUCAGACAGAUUACUCAUCAGUAUUAAAUUAAAUGCUGUUAACUUCUCAUAUAUCAGGACUGUUCAACUUAUGACCCAUCAUGCCAAAUUCAGCUCACCAGCUGUACACUGUGAUGUGAUCACCAGGUGCUUGACAGUUCCACACACACACCCCCGCUCUGUGAAAAUAGGGCAUUUACAUAGUUGCUGGUAGGCUUCAUUAAGCUUAAUGGGUCUGAAAUUGUGUGGGCCUCAUCUGUAAAAUUCUACUGUCACAUAAUUGUAUCCAGUUGCCAUUUUAAAUCCAAGGUCAGCUGCAUGCUUAAUUAUAGCUUAAUGUCAGUCCCUUGGCUGUCCAAGGUCUUUACGCUGGUGGGUUUGGUUUGGUUUAGUAUUUAUAUUCUUCUUUUUAAAACAACAACAACAAAGCAGCUACUGUGUUUUUGGUGAGGGGGUUCUUAAUUAAUGUUUGUUUUAUUACCAAGGAAAACUUGUAUCAAUCUAGCAAGGGAACUUUUGUUCCUCUACUCUCCCUCCACAAAUCUGCUUUGGAUGGUUAGUGGAACCCCUAGAAAAAGCUUGAUUUAAUGGCACUUAGGCUGCAAUCCUAUGUUCCUGGCAGGUGGCAGUGGGACUUGAUGGAGCAGCAAUGCCAGCACUGCACGUACAGACUGGUGCUUGAGGCAAGAGGGGGAAGCAGAGAAAAUGUCCCUCUGCUGUGCCAGCUCCCAGGCUGCUGUGAACAGGCCCAGAUCUGACUCAUUUGCCAUCACAAUGACAACAGCAAGGUCUGCACAGAAUCUAGUAGAUCCAGGGCCAGCCCAGUCCUGCUCCCUCCCACUGGCUGUCGCCAUCUGGGAUGCUGUUGGCAGUAACUUGCACCUGCUCUAUAAGUGGGCAUAUUCAAGUGCUUCUCAUUGGUGGAGCUCCUCCACCAUCUGAGGCUGACAGAGCCAGGCAGGACUGGAUGGAGGGAACCUCUACUCCCAGCAAGGCAUAUGAGGGGUUUGAAUUGCUCUGCCAGUUCUAAAUCGACAGGUUUAGGACUGUACUGUCAGAACAUUGUAGUGGCUCCAUGACAGAAACCUAUAGUAGCAGUCCUUCCCUCUGCUUCCUUUAAAAAUAUCUAAUAUAUUUUGGGCUUUUCUUACAUAUAUAGAUGUGCAUGGCUACGUUUGAACAUGAGAUGGAGAAGGCCUUUGCCUUUCAGGCAAGUCAGGACAAGGUGUGCAGUAUCUGCAUGGAAGUGGUAUAUGACAAACCAUCAGCAUCCGAAAGAAGAUUUGGAAUCCUUUCCAACUGCAAUCACACAUACUGCUUGUCCUGUAUCCGGCAGUGGAGGGGUGUCAAGCAGUUUGAGAAUCCAAUCAUAAAGUAAGUUCCUAACAACCUUCAUUUUCAGAAUACAGUGCAGGAUACUUUUCUUAUUUCUUUCCUUUGCAUCUUCAAACGAGAUGUAGUGUAGCUGAGGAUUGACUAAGGAAAGUUUUGCUUACGGUUUUUUGUUAUUGCAUUGUUACAGGAAUUUUUUCAAUUGAUGGGGAAACCCCCAUUUGUAACAACAACCAAAAGAUAUUAUGGAAUAUGUAAGUGGGGUUAUUGAUGAGAACAGACUAUUUUGUUUGUUGGCUUCAGUGUGAGCCUCAGAAAAUGAUGUGUGUGUGUGUGUGUGUGUGUGUGUGUGUGUGUGUUUGUACAGAAAAAGCUGAAACCUAGCAUUUUUAAAAUUUGGUUCCUUGGAUAAGGAAUGCUGCCAUCCCAACAUUCAGCAUACUGUAGCCACUGAGCAUGUCAUUGAAUGCAGAUAAAAAUUAAAUGGUGGGAAAGAAUCAUGCCUGGAUCAGCUCUGGAAGUGGGGGUGAAGGCAAAAGAGUAGGGAGUAUGAGGCCAUCUCUUUUUAAUACUGUGCUUUGAAUUGCUGUGACCUGCAUCAGCUUUGAGAAACAGAAAUUUGCAUCCCAGUUACCACACUGAUCUGAACAGAGGAGCUGAAAUCUCUGCUCAUAUCAGCUCUUAUGAUGGAGCCCAUCAUCACACUGAUAAGGGGAGAGGUUGAAACCUCUUUUCACCCCAGUGUGAGAUUGGAGCUCAACACUGCCCCCUCCUGCCCUGCUCGCUUUUCUUUUUUCAAGCUCCCCCAUCCUCAGAAAAAAACUUUUUUUAAAAGAUAGGGUUUUUUUAGGGUGGGGGAGCUUUCGGAGCUGCCAGAAAUCACAUUGGGCCCCAGAUAUUGCUUCCAGGCCACAGGCUACUGAUUUGUACUUCAGAAGUGCUUGGUAUUGCUCUUGAAUUGGAUGAAACUGCUUCUUCUCAGCAAACUACACAUAUACUUUUUAAAUUUCAUCCAAGGUCCUGUCCAGAAUGUCGUGUGAUAUCAGAGUUUGUAAUUCCCAGUGUGUAUUGGGUGGAAGAUCAGACUAAAAAGAACGAGCUGAUUGAAGCAUUUAAACAGGGAGUGGGGUAAGUAUUAUGAUUAUUAUAAUGUGAGACCAGAGUUGUUUGAUGAGAAGGAGUUCAAUUACAUAAUAAUAAUAAUUAAUAUAUUGUGUUAUUGUCUCAGUCUAGAGCAGUAUGCAGUAUACAGAAUACUUCUGUAGUUAAAAAGGUUUUUGUGAAUAUGUCUAUCAGACUAUUAAACAUAAAAGUGGCAAUCAGUGGGAUGAAAUACCUCCCCCCCCCCCCCCAUUAAAAUAACUCCAGGAUGUGUUGGUUAAGAGUUUGGUAACAUGUUUAUACUGAUCCAAAUAGUGAUUUUUUUUUCACCCUUUAGCACGCUAGUAUUUUGAUUCAGAUGAAAGGCCAAGUCCUGCUAUGAAGAAUACCCAGGCUAAUACACUCCAUCCUCCCAUUUUGGCCUUCUGUUCUUCAUCUGUCCUUCAGUUCUGGAUGUAGGCAAACUGGUUUCUGCAAACCAUAAUUUGCAAUUCUGUCUUCUAGGCAAAGUUGAUUUGCCAACAGAGCAGAUGUAGAUGGGGGUAUGGAAAUAGAGGCCAUGUGAGCCCACUACGUUCCCAAUCCUUUUGGUUUGGGGUUAUCAAGCAACAUUUAUGCCCAAAUUGACCCAUGGCCUUUGCAUAAGAAUUUUAUUUAUUUAUUUAGUUCUGUUUAUAUAUCAUCCUUCACCAAAAGAUCUCGGCACGGUUCACAAGAUAAAAAUUCAAGAAGCUGUGUGUCCCAUAAUGCAAGUUUUGCGAGUUACAAGUGAUCACUGGUGAUCCACCUACCCCUGUUUAGUUUUUUGUUUUUCUAGUAUUAUUCCACUUGGCUAGGCUCACACAUUUUUAUCCCUUGAAAUGAAAGUGAGUAUUGGCAUCUGGAAAAGGCCGUCUUUUCUCUUUUUUUAAAUGUGUGUCAUAUUGAAUUCAAGUGGGGACUCUUGAUGAUUAGUUCCAUCGAGCCGCACUUCAGGCCUCAGAUAGCCUGGCCAGGUACUUUGCUACUGUGUCUUUUUGGAGAACGCAGUCCUCGGGUUGAAUUAAUCUUCAAUCUCAUAUAUAGAAAUUUAUGGCCUCAUUUCUGAGGUUAAUGAAGUAGAAUAUCUGAAAAGACUUAUUUACUAUUUGCAUUUAGGCUGUAACUUGGUAUUAAGGUAAGACCACAAAUCAUUUCAAUAUCCAUUUUCUCUAAAAUUGCUAAAGAUCCUGAUUUUUUUACCCAUGGUGGGGUGGGGAAUACAUCAGGAAAUUUAAGAAGUCUUUUUCUAAUCAUUACUUUGCCAGGACAACAUUUUUAAGUGCAGUGCUUAACUGAAACAGCAAAUCUAGAAUGAAAGUAUGUUUUCAACCUAAUCAUAGAAUCAUAGAGUUGGAAGAGACCACAAGGGCCAUCGAGUCCAACCCCCUAAGCAGGAAACACCAUCAGAGCACUCCUGACAUAUGGUUGUCAAGCCUCUGCUUAAAGACCUCCAAAGAAGGAGACUCCACCACACUUCUUGGCAGCAAAUUCCACUGUCGAACAGCUCUUACUGUCAGGAAGUUCUUCCUAAUGUUUAGGUGGAAUCUUCUUUCUUGUAGUUUGGAUCCAUUGCUCCGUGUCCGCUUCUCUGGAGCAGCAGAAAACAACCUUUCUCCCUCCUCUAUGUGACAUCCUUUUAUAUAUUUGAACAUGGCUGUCAUAUCACCCCUUAACCUCCUCUUCUCCAGGCUAAACAUGCCCAGCCCCUUAGCCGUUCCUCAUAAGGCAUCGUUUCCAGGCCUUUGACCAUUUUGGUUGCCUUCCUCUGGACACGUUCCAGUUUGUCAGUGUCCUUCUUGAACUGUGGUGCCCAGAACUGGACACAGUACUCCAGGUGAGGUCUGACCAGAGCAGAAUACAGUGGCACUAUUACUUCCCUUGAUCUAGAUGUUAUACUCCUAUUGAUGCAGCCCAGAAUUGCAUUGGCUUUUUUAGCUGCCGCGUCACGCUGUUGGCUCAUGUCAAGUUUGUGGUCAACCAAGACUCCUAGAUCCUUUUCACAUGUACUGCUCUCAAGCCAGGUGUCACCCAUCUUGUGUUUGUGCCUCUCAUUUUUUUUGCCCAAUACUUUACAUUUCUCCCUGUUAAAAUUCUCACACUAUUUUGAUCAAACUGUCCCCUUAAAAUUUGUCAAAACAAAACAAAAACCCACAUGUGGUGAAUAGUUCAUUUUAUGUGAGCCAACAGUGAAUUGUGUACAUAUCUUACUAAUCUAUCUAGCAUUUGGUUAAAUGCUUGUUGUAAUUAACCAAAUGCCAGCUGUGUCAUUCUGUGACCUUCACUGUUGGUCUUUGAGAUGUGUGUGCCUCAAAAGGCAACGCUUUUGUUGUUUACAUUGUGUUACUCUUUAUUUAUGCAGUGUUUAUGCUUAUCAGUCACAUCAGGGGCUGUGCUAUUAAUACAUCUAGAGCUGAAAUCUGCAGCUGCUGAUCAGAACAAGCAGCUUGAGCCUAUGAUUCGGUGUUUUGUGUCUGAAGGCUAUAAAUUAUAUACUUCUGUGGAAAAUCUAAGCGUGACAGCUCCAAAAAUGGACCUGUAUGCAGGAAGGGAAAGACGUGGCAGUAAACCUCCUGACUUUGCAGCUCUUUUAUGGAACAAAUCCACCCAAAAAAAUCGUUUUGGAUUUGUCUUGAUAGAGGAAUUGAGAGGAAUGGUAAAAAUACAUAAUAGCAAAGUUACUAGCAUUUUUGACAUGGUCUCAGGCUGAAAUCUUUUCUGCCUUUGACCAUCUUUUAUAGAAUCAGAAUCAUGGAAUUGUAGAGUUGGAAGGGAACCCAAGGGUCAUCUAGUCCAGCCCCCUGGAUUGCACAAAUCUCAACUAAAGCACCCAAAUAGAACUUUCAAAUUGCAGUAAGAUCUGCCCUAUUAAAUAUAAUUUGAAGCAAGUUGCAAGCUGCCUUUCUCAGUUAGGACAAUGUGCUUCCUUAAUGCAGAUUAAUGGGAAGUACAGUUAAUAUGCUUUUGUGGUAUCACAGGCUUGGAUGGUUGACCCAUCUAAGUGACUCAGAAUGUAAAAUGAUGUCUGAACAGAAUUUUUUGUCCUAAAUAAAACCGAUUCUGUGAGUGGGUUUUUCUCUCAGAAAGAAUCUAUCCCCUUCUUGCUUCGGAUUUUAACAGUUGAACUUAAUAGCUGGUUAAAGUUACUGUGUUACGCUCAAAUUUUACUUACAAUUUUUAAUUAAAGAUUUUAUAAUAAAACAAGUCUCCUAUAAUAUAAUAAAGUUAUGGCUGAAGCCACAUGUCUUACAUUCUUGCCUGCUUCCGUUUUGUUCUAGUAAGAAACUAAAGUGUGCCAUUGGGUCAAAAGAGAUCACAGUUCCUUAACAUUGUCCUAAGCCUCUUUUACCACAACACACUGUACACUUCCCAGUGAAGUCUCACAUUGGUAUACUACAGUCAGAACAGGACCAGAAAUAAAUGCACACAUCCACUGCCAUAUCAUACCCAGCUUCCUUUCUCUGAAGAUACAUGGGAGAAAGAGUGGCUGCAAAGGGUUGGCGAUCUGAUCUGCACAGGGACUGUCAUAGCCAGGGACUGUACAUCACUGCUCUGCUCCAGUAGAGAUUGAUGGAGAAGCAUUCUGUUCACCUAAAGCUUUGUUGAGCAGAGUCACCAAUGCAAAUCUAAGUGGAAGGAGAGUUAGUGAUGGGUGCUGGAGGAAAUUCGUCAAGCUCUUUGUGUUUAAUUGCUUUCCUCUUACCUUACAGUAAAGCAAGCAAUAAAUGCCUACAAUAAUGCCACUGACAAUCUCCCCUUGCAUUGAAGUGCCUUAGGUGCCUUUACUUUGGGUUUUCACUCCUGUAUUUACUUUUUUCCCCUUGUUUUUAGCAACAUUAGCCACCUUGAGAUUUAGGGUAUAAAUGAAUGCCCUUGUGUUUUCUCUUUCUCUCCUAUGUUCAGGAGGAAGGCCUGCAAGUAUUUUGACCAGGGUAAAGGGACCUGCCCAUUUGGGGGGAAGUGUCUGUACCUGCAUGCCUAUCCAGAUGGGAGACGGGCUGAACCAGAGAAACCACGAAAGCAGCUUAGCUCUGAGGGGACUGUCCGGGUAAGAUUUCCAGCCAUGUGUCUUCUCGCAACUAAACAGCAGCGCUGGGCUUCAGUGAUCCGACACAUUCUUCCACUGAAGGCUUUGACACUUUUAUACAUUCAUAAAAGGCUUCAGUGUAUCCGCUGUAGCAUAGCUGGCCCCUUUGGGGAACAGAGUGCUCUUUUCCUAAGAUCCCGAGUGAUGAAUCUCAUUUUGACAAUGGAGUUUUUUCAAUUUCAGAAUCUAGUUUAUUUGGCAUUUAAAACACAAAUGCUUGAGUGUACUUGUUCAUUUUUGCCUAGCUAGCAAGUGUGGUUUUAAAUAGCCCUGAAAAUUGCACAUUUAUAUGUUUGGAUCAUCCAAGUAGGCUUCUUUUCAGUAGAGACUAUUGUAUUUCUAAUAAUAGUGCACUUGUUGCUUAUAACCUUUACUUUAAGCGUAAUGCUGUUUUGUCAGAUCAGUACAGAUACCUACACAGCUAGUGCUGUAGCCCUUGCUGGCAGUGCAGGCACAGCGGCAUGCUUUGAAGUCCUGGACUUCAGAGCUCAUUCAGAGGCCUUAGGGUCCAAUGGGAAUUUAGAGUAGUAGCAGCUACAACACACACUCCCAUCAGCUGGACCCAAGAGCUGUUACGGUCUUGGAAAUACAAAGGCCAGGAUCACAAGCUUGCAUUUACAGAAAGGCCCUUCCUAGGGCAAGGACUGAUAGCUCACUGGUCAAGCACAUGCUUGCACAGAGAAAGGUGCCAGUUUCAAGUGCUGUGAAAAAUCUUUGCCUGGGACUAGUGAGUUAGAUGGGCAAAUAGGGGACUGUAGCCUCCAAGAAAAGCUAACUCUUCACACACACCAAUGAAAUUCUGGCAGUGACCCAUGUGCCUCUCUGCAGCUGGCAUCUUUUUGGUACCAAGGGAAGCAGGCCUUGUCAUUCUUGUACUGCACUGUGGAGGAUGCUGUUUUAGCUGUAGCAGUACCCUGCUUUUCAGUUCAGGUGUAUGCAGUAUUUAAGCAGAUAUCUUCUUAGGUAUGAGUCAUUAGUGAGCACUCUAUUUUGUUGUUUUUUAUUCUAGUUCCUUAAUUCUGUUCGCCUCUGGGAUUUUAUUGAAGAUCGAGAAAACAGAACACUGCCAGCUGCUGACAAUGAUGUAACAGAGAUGGGAGAGCUUUUUAUGCAUCUUUCCGGAGCAGAUGCUGAACCUGCUGCCCCUCCCUAAACCACCACAAGAUCUCUACCAUGUACUCUUCUGUAUCAGUCUUUCUGUUCCUUAAAUAACUUUGUACUGUUUACCACUUUAAAAUUACUGUGCCAUGGAGACUGAAGUCCUGGUGAAAUUCUAGUAUGAGCCUGACACUGUAGAGCAGAACAAUUGAAGCUUAAUAAAGUGAUUGCUUUAAAUAAAAAUGUCAGUGUAUAGUCAUAAGUAGAAGAA